AUGAAUAGAAAAGCCGAACGAAAAAUGAGAAAACGACAAAUGAAACAAUUGAUUCCACCAUAUUUAUCCGAAUUCAAAUUAAUGGGAUCAUUCGCCGAACUUCGUGUUUCUUAUGAUGCUCCAACUGAUCAAUCAAUUUAUACGUAUACUUUGAAAUGGGAUGAUGAAGGUUCAGAGCGGAAAAACUAUGCAACUACAUCGGAAACUGAUACUAGUAGUAAAAUCCCGAAAAAAUCAGCAGCUGAAAAUACUGAUUAUCCAGUUAUGACAAAUUGUGAUGGACCAUGUUCAAAUGUUUAUCCAUCAAAUAAAUUGAAUAUUCUGGGAAGAUGUGGGCAUUAUUUAUGCGAUAAUUGUUAUGGAAUUGUGAAAAAUGAUGAUGGAACAAAAGGAUGCAGUUCAUUUUCGUGUAAUUGGAAAGAAGAAUCGACUAAAAAUGAUAUUGCUGAUUAUGAAAAAGAGGUCAAAAUGGUUCAUUUUUUCGAUCUAUCAAUCAAUCAAUAAUUACAGAUCUGUCAAAAUCAACGAAAACGAGCCGAAAAAAUGCAAAGUGAAGGACAUUCGGUGAAAGUUGCGAGUUCUUACACUCACACAUCUUUGCUCUCAACAAGAACAUCGUCUACAACUCUGAUUGAUCCAUUCGAUGUAACAUCAGUCACAAGUUUGACAAAAAGUGGCUCGACAUCGAAAAGUGGAUCGAGUGCUCGAACUUUGAGAGCUCGCGAAAAAGCCGAGCAUAAAAAUGUGAGCAGAAUCUAGAAAAUUGAAAACAAAAGGUGCUGUUUUUCAGAAAUAUCCGAGUGCUCAUGAGUUGAUCACCACAAAAGUUAUGAUUAUCGAAGAACCUCCGAAAAAUAAUGUUUUACAGUAAGGAAUAGAUAAAGUUUCGAAAAAAAAACAAGAUUUUUGCAGUUCUUCAAGCUUCCACAGUCAAUUAGAAACCUCAACUUCUAACAAUCUUCGAAGUGUUAUCGAAAGAAUAAUGCGAGAAAAUGAGAAACAUCUGGAAGAAUACAUGAAAACCGGCAAACUUUAUUAUAUUCAUGGAUUAAGUGAUGGCACCAAACAAUUCAAACACAUAAAUCAAGAUCAAUUGAAGACGAAAAAAUUGUACGAAUUCCCAUUGUUCGGUAACUAUCUAUUUUUCAUAUUGGAUAUGACAGAAACUUUGAGAAAGAAUUCAGUUAAAAUUGUACAUGGCUAUGAUGAAUAA